ACAGCUAUUGAGAUGAGUACAAACGGCACAACACCAGCAGCUGAAUCUGAUGCUGUGGUGCUAAGUGGAGGCGUGAUAUUUAUCAUAAUAUUUGGUGCCACCUCAAUAUUCUUCUUCUCGAUAAUGACAGUUGUGUGUGUGGGAGAAUUUAAGGAGUAUAGGUCAAGACGAAGAAGACCUUCAGGGCCUGUUGAGAAUGGUAAUUAUCCUAGACAACCACCUCCACUUACUGUGCCCCCAGUAACUAACCCCACAGUUCAGGGAGCAAACUAUCCAAGGCAACCAGGUUCAGGGGCAGAUAACCGUAGUGACAAUAAUUCUGUAGGGAGACCAGUAGAAGAAAUUGUAACAUCUAAUCAACCAAAUGCUGUGAAUAAAUCAGUGAUAGUGAGUGAGGAGGGAAAUCAAGGAACCAGCACAAAUGGAGACAUAGUUGUACUUCACGAAACACCUAAGAAAAAACACACUCAACUGAAACCACUGGAACUGGCCAAACCAGGGACAGAUAACACUAACCCAGAGACUAUAUUUUCACCAAGACCAACAACAAUGGAUGGUUUGAGUACAGUGGCCUUUAUCCAACCUACACCUCCCCUACCAUCCAUAUCUUCCAACAUCAGCCAGUCAGAUGUCACCCCUGUUGUCAGCUCCUAGAAGUUUUGACAAAAAUAC